AUGACCAUCCUCUCCUUUCUCCGCGAGUUAUAUUCUCUCGAAACGCUCGACACGCGAUUCACGAAUUCCGCAUCCACGUCCAUAAAAUCUGCAAGUGCGAAAGAGGAUGAACCCAAGCCUGACAGCCAAAGAGGAGGGAAACCACUGCCUGCAGAUGCUACUGGCAGAUUGCCGAGAUGGGAGUUCUGGUUCUACAUCGUGGUCGUCUUUACGUCUGUGCCUCAGAUGUACUGGUCGGUAGUGAGCAUCUCACAGCCCGACUCCCCGAACUAUUCGAAAUAUGAGCAUCUUCUAUCUCCGGGCUGGAUGUUCGGUCGGAAAGUGGACAAUUCUGAUGCCCAAUAUGCCGGCUUCCGGGACAAUAUCCCUUACUUGGCUCUUCUUGUUAUCUUUCAUCCACUGCUCAGGCGAACGUGUGAGAAAUUCGCUGUUUCUGGCAAACCCUCUUCGAAUGAAACGGCCAAACCAACAUCCAGGAGCAAUCAAGCCGAGAUCAGGCCCCGCCAUCGCCUGACCUAUGACUUUUAUUCAGCCUUGGUCUUUGUUGUGGCUCUGACAGGGUUCUCCUCUUUAAAAGUGCUUCUCAUCUUGUUCAUCAACUACAAGAUUGGCACGUCACUCCCACGAAAUGCGAUCCCAGCAACAACUUGGAUCUUCAACAUUGGGAUUCUCUUCGCCAACGAACUAGGUCAAGGCUACCGAUACUCGAGCAUAGCUAACUCAAUGAUACCCUUUUACCCUGCAGCGCCAGCCCUGGGCAAAUUCUUGGACUUCUAUGGAGGUCUCAUGCCGCGGUGGGAGGUACUUUUCAAAGUUACCGUCUUGAGGAUGAUUUCCUUCAAUUUUGAUCAUUACUGGUCUUUGGAUCGGUCUCGGGCUGGAAGUCCCCUUGAGAAGAAACAAUUGGAUCCCUCAGCACUCUCGGAUAAAGAGAGAGUCUCUAUGCCUGCCACUCCAGCUGCAUUUUCCUCAUACCGGACAUACGUGGCCUACAUCCUUUAUCCACCGUUGUACAUCGCUGGGCCAAUCAUGACUUUCAACGACUACAUUUCUCAGUGCACUUACAGAUCAUCGUCCGUGACCACCCGCCGAACAGCACUAUAUGGAAUACGGUUCUUGGCUACGUUACUUUGCAUGGAGUUGAUGCAACAUACUGCAUACGCUGUGGCCAUAUCAAAGGCAUCUCCGGACUGGUCAACCUAUACUCCUUUCCAGCUCAGCAUGCUUGCUUAUUUCAACCUGCACAUCAUCUGGCUAAAACUGAUGAUCCCAUGGCGCUUUUUCAGAUUAUGGGCACUUGUGGACGGUAUUGACCCUCCUGAAAACAUGAUUCGAUGCAUGAGCGACAACUACUCGGCUCUCGGUUUCUGGCGGUCUUGGCACCGUAGCUACAACCGCUGGCUUACUCGUUAUGUAUACAUACCACUCGGUGGCGGCCCUGGAAGAGGCGUCGGUGUCGUUCGUGGAACUAUCAAUUUACUCCUCGUCUUCACCUUCGUUGCCUUAUGGCACGAUAUCAACCUCCAACUCCUAACCUGGGGUUGGCUUGCAACUUUCUUCAUCCUGCCUGAAGUCUUUGGAACGAUGGCAUUCCCGGCCUCGAAGUGGAAAACGCGCCCCGCUGCUUAUCGAUAUAUUUGUGGUGUGGGAGCGACAUUCAACAUUCUUUUGAUGAUGGCAAGCAGUUUGGUUGGCUUUGCUGUUGGACUAGAUGGACUGAUGGGGCUUGUGCAUGGCAUCAUCGGAAGCUGGCAUGGCGCUUUGUAUAUGCUUACCGCAUGCUUUAUUCUCUUCACUGGUGUUCAAGUGAUGUUUGAACAUCGUGAGGAUGAGAAAAGGAAGGGGAUUAAGUUGAAGUGCUAA